GCUGCUUCUCCGGUACUUAACCAGAAUACACGAUAUACUAUUUCAAAUAAAAUUGAAGUCCUUAUAAUAUAAAUUGCCAUACCAUAUGCUUCGUCUCGCCAUCUCACCAAUUCCCGUGCCUUCUUUUCUUCUUCCAUCCUUCCUUGAAAUGGAGGAGAAUAUCGACAUGUUCGCCAUCCGCUCCACUGCGGAUUACUCGGCCAAGUCGUUCUUAUCGCCGGACAAUCUCCUCGACUAUCACAGCUUCCUUUCAUCCACAAGCUUCCGCGAUCGGAUUCCCAUCUUCGGAUCCCAUGAAUUGCCGUCGGCUGCCUCCGCCGUAUCCGAAGCUGAGGCACCUUCCAUCACUCCAGCUUUUCCGCUCCAACCAGAUGUUCUUAGCGUCAUCAAGGCCAAGGCCAAAAUUGUCUCUCAUCCUACCUAUCCUCGUCUGCUUCACGCUUAUAUUGACUGCCAGAAGGUAGGAGCUCCUCCGGAGAUAGCUGGCUUGUUGGAGGAAAUCCGGCGAGAAAACAAGCAACACGCUAUUUCCACGUGCUUCGGAGCCGAUCCCGAGCUCGACGAGUUCAUGGAAACAUACUGUGAGAUGCUGGUAAAGUAUAAAUCAGAUCUUUCAACGCCUUUUUAUGAAGCGUCGUCCUUCUUGAACAACAUCGAACUGCAACUUAGCAGCCUCUGUGCUGGUGCCUCCGCCAGAAGCCCUUCCAAUGAGGAUGCUAUGUCAUCGGAUGAUGAGCUUAAUUGGGGAGAGAGGGAAUUACAAGGUGCUCAAAUGAGUUUAGAAGACAAAAGUCUUAAAGAUAUGCUCUUAAGUAGAUUUGGCAGCCACAUUGGAACCUUGAAGUUGGAGUUUUCAAAGAAGAAGAAGAAAGGAAAACUACCUAAAGAAGGAAGGAAAGUACUGCACGAGUGGUGGAAUGUUCACUAUAAAUGGCCAUAUCCUACGGAAGCUGAUAAAAUUGCGCUGGCAGAGACAACGGGACUAGAUCCCAAGCAAAUUAACAAUUGGUUUAUUAACCAACGUAAGCGGCACUGGAAGCCUUCUGAAAGCAUGCAAUUGGCAACUGUGGACAAUCUGCCUGAACAAUUUUGCGGUAGUCUCGACUCUUGAGGAUGAGGUAUACGUUAUGGAAAUGGGUAUAUACACACUCUGCCACUGCCACUGCCACUGCCAAGUCAAUAGUUUAUAUCAUAUAUCGCCAAAAGCAGACUGUGAGAUUAAAUUGUUUAUCAGUUGGGUGGGUGGGAAGAUAUCUAUACAUCUGCAUCACUCUUGUAUAUUUCUGAAAUGAAUGAUUAACAUUGAUUAUGAAAAUGUUAAUAGAAGUUGGGAUGAUUUCUUC